UCUCUCGUUCCGAUAGACCCCUAUCCUUCAAGGCGUUCUGGCCACUGCCACCGACCCUACGACCUGGUUCCUGGAACCCCCUGGGGGAUGCGGAUCGCCCCGACAGGCCAGCUGGUUCACUUCACAAGCCAGCUCCUGGUCCUCGCCCGCCAUAGGGUUGUAACUCGAGCCGCCCGCCGCCAACCCCCCUCCCACUCCGCCCCAACUCUGCGGCCCAGGUCCCUGCGUCGCACUGCCCCUUGGGGCCCUGAACCCGACAGCAAGUCUGCCAUGGGCUGCCGUGUCUGGGUCGAUCUGGAGGCAUCGGGUGUUGUACAACAGAGCCGCUGGUUCGGGGCUGUCCUGAGUGGGCUGUGCCUUCUCUCCGCGCUGCUGUUGCUGGAGUGGCCAUGGGCGCCGGCAGAAACUGCCUGGAGUGCUGCGAAACAGAUGGAUGCACCAAACUCUUCAGUGGUCUCCACUGCCCAGGUCCCCAGUCCAUUGACCACACUGGUACCCAGAAGACGCCGCUACACAUUGACACCAGCCAGGCUGCGUUGGAACCACUUCAACCUCACAUACAGGAUUCUCUCCUUUCCACGGAACCUUUUAAACCCAGAGGAGACAAGGCAGGGCCUGGCUGCCGCCUUUCGCAUGUGGAGUGAUGUUUCCCCAUUCCGCUUCCGUGAAGUGGCUCCUGAGCUCCCCAGUGACCUCCAGAUAGGUUUCUACCCAGUCAACCACACUGACUGCUUGGUCUCUGCUCUGCACCACUGCUUUGACGGUCCCACUGGUGAACUGGCCCACGCUUUCUUCCCACCCCAUGGUGGCAUUCACUUUGAUGACAGCGAGUACUGGGUCUUGGGCCCCACACGCUACAGCUGGAAGAAAGGCGUAUGGCUCACAGACCUGGUGCACGUGGCAGCCCAUGAGAUCGGCCAUGCGCUGGGACUGAUGCACUCACAGCAACACCAGGCGCUCAUGCACAUCAAUGCCACAUUGCGAGGCUGGAAGACACUGUCUCAGGAUGAGCUGUGGGGAUUACACCGGCUCUAUGGCUGCCUGGACCGGCUUUUUGGGUGUACAUCCUGGGCAAGAAAGGGAUUUUGUGAUACCCACCAGAGGCUCAUGAAGAGGCUCUGCCCCAGAAGCUGUGACUUCUGCUAUGAAUUCCCAUUCCCCACUGUGGCUACCACCACACCACCCACCAGAAUGAAAACAAGGCUGGUGAGAGAGGGUAGGAACAUGACCUUCCACUGUGGGCAGAGGAUCCUACACAAGAAAGGCAAAGUAUACUGGUACAAGGACCAGGAGCCCCUGGAGUUCUCCUACCCUGGCUAUCUGGCCCUGGGUGAGGCACAGCUGAGCAUCAUUGCCAACGCAGUCAACGAAGGCACCUAUACGUGUGUGGUGCGCCGGCACCAGCGUGUUCUCACUACCUACUCCUGGCGGGUCCGAGUGAGGAGCUGAUCCUGCUAACAGCUUCUGUGCUGGAAGCCAGCACAUAAAGCACUUUCUCUCUGA